ACCCAUGCCACAACAGCAAACCUUUGGGCACAUGGAAUUCGUGGACUUCAUUCGGGUCCAACAUGGCAAUGACGAAAUCCCCAGAGAUGGUGGUGAUCCCUGGAGCCGAGGAGACGCCUCGAUGAGAGCUCCGGGAUCUUACUAUCCACCUGGUCGAACAAACCACGAUGGUGGUGCUGGUCCGCAGCUCCAUGGUCCUGGUGGAGCCCCUCAACAAGGCAUCAAUGUGGCGCCGAUGGCAGCACCCGUUGGCUCAGGACAAUAUGGAUGUACUGGAUGCCCUCAGGUGACUGCCUCUUCGGUUCUCCAUAACUUGGACAAUUCAGCGUUGCCACAACCUACACCACAUGUACAAAGUGCUUUUGAGAUGCUGGGUAAAACGCCUGUUGCUGGACUGACCCAUGAAAGAGUUGACAAGGAUGAUGUUAUGAUGAAAGCGCUGUUAGCAGCGAUCAGUGGCGACAAAAAGAUGUUGCCCCCUUGGAAUGGAAGUGUGGAAACCCUUCGCGCAUGGCUACGGCAACUCUCUCUAUGGGAACUGGACAACAACCUGCCGAAGUCACGUUGGGGUCUGAAGCUGAUGCAGUCCUUUCAUGAAGGAACGGCACCUCGACGAAUAGCUGAAGCAAUAGAUUUAGCAACGUUGACUUCGGAGUCUGGCUACAGUGCUAUAUUGUCCUCGUUGAUGGCGAAGUAUGCGCCAUACCUGGAAGCCUCUGGACCAGCAGCUGUGGAGAAUUUUUUCUAUGGCAAUGAAAGAUCCAAGAAUGAAAGCUUCUCCACAUACAUAGCAGCCAAAGAAAUCGCUCUGCAGGAGAUGGAAAGCCAAUUGGGUGAAAAACUUUCCCCAAAAAUUGCUGGUCGAAUUCUUUUGCGUCAUUUGCGUCAUGCUGGCCUGAACGACCUUCAAAGGGAAAACCUUGCGGUGAGAUACAAUGCCCUGCUCACCUUCGAUCAGGCAGCUGCAGCACUACGUCCUCUAGAUCGUCCUGAAGCUCUGAUGUCAAGGGUUGCAAAGACCUAUGUGACAAGCACUCAGGUCGACGGUGAGUUGGAGGAUGAGCAGACCAAUGAGGAUGACGAUGAGCUGCAGCCCGACGAAGAUGAGUUGUCGGGCCCCGAAAGUGAUGGUCGUGGCAAUUUCACCUACAUGCUGUUCGACCCUGAACAGGAAUAUGAUGAAGAUGAGGCAAACUAUGUCUGGGCCUACAACUCUGCUUACAAGGACGUUCGCAAAGAGCUCCAGGAAUGCCCCAAGCGUGCUCAGGAAUCAGCAGCCAAUUUUUUUGUGUGUCAGGGAAGCUCUGGAAACCAGAACAAGGUCUAUGUGAACAUCUCCGAAGCCAAGGAGAAAAAGUUUUCAGUUUUUGCUGGAGUUCAAACUUCCGGCAAUGAAGCAGUUGUCGACACAGCGGCUGAGGAAGCAGUGAUUGGUUCAGCUGCAAUGGCAAAACUCAGACAAUGCUUGGAAAGCUACGGUUUGAAGCCCGCACCAGCGCAUGGGGCAACAGUGACCUGUGCUGGGAUUGGCGGCAGUGCAAAGAUUCUUGGAAUUUAUGAUGUACCAGUUGGAGUGGCUCGUACCAAUGGGCUGAUCCGUGUGACUGAAAUCAGCGACGAAGGAUCUUUUUGCACCCCGUUUCUCUUGCCCAUCUCUUACAUUGAGUUGGUAGGUGCGACAGUUGAUGUGAGCAAGGAACUGUUUACUUUGAAGAAUGGCAAUAGUACGCCUAUGAGGCGAUCUCCAUCAGGGCACCGCGCCAUUUCAGUGCUUGAGUUUGCAGGCAAGUGGACGUUGCCACAGCAGCUGUUGAAUGAGUUGAAAAUUGAAGGUGAGAACCCUUUUCAAGCUGCAUCACCCAAGCCUUCUCCUGCGAAGAGCUCAACUUCAACGAAGUUUGCACAAAGACCUGGAGUUGCUGUUUGGUUGAAAACGGCUCAGCAUCAGUUGCAAUACAUGGGCAAGCAUGCGGCAGCCAGCAAUGCAGCCUACACCAAUGCAGUUCUUUGCAACAGCCUGCAUUGGAUCGUGCUACAACAGAAAGCCGACCGUCCGCAAACACCCAGGGAACUCAAGAUCCCGUUGCGCCCCAAUCUCGACCUGGUGAGUUUUGGACGGGCGAUGCAGAAGCGUGUGACGCAAUGGCUGCUGGCUCAGAACGAAGACAUGCCAGACCCGGUGCCGAAGAAGAAGUCACCACCGGAAAAACUCAUGCAGGCCUGGCGUCGCAUGGUGUUGGCAACCAUCAGGUUGUACCUGGAGGUGAUGUUACAGUCGGUGACCGACUACCUGACAAGCAGAAACAGGGGAACCAUGGCAAAGCUCCCGAAGGCCAAGAAGGACAAGUCCCUGGUCCCAGCGGAGUCGAAGAAGACCGCCAAAGUCAGGCGUGGCAUAGGGCAGCCUCUGCCUCGCUCCAAAGCAUGCAAAAGCUGGCCCAAAGAGCCCUUGGACUGUGCUCACGAAGAAAGCCAAUUGAGGCAGCGGGGGUCAAAGGACAGUUUUUGGUGGACGUGCCUGCAAUGUGGAAGCCGAUGGCAGCGCGUGGAGUGGGAACCCGACAUGGAGCUCAACGCUGGUGCGGCCUCUUCAGGGGAAUACCGCGGUUCAGCGGGAACAGAGAAGAUCCAGACGUCUUCCAAGGUGGCAUACCCAAGCAGACUGCCACCGCCGAGAUCAAGGCCCAACCUGACAACCUUGGUCGUCGAGGAGGAGACAGUGGUCCGCACAGAUCCCCUGAUGGCACACGAAGGGAGGAUGACACCAGCACCCAUGCAGUCAGAAGGACAACUCCCAAUGCCGCUGGAGCACCCACAGAACCGCCACCGCCAAGCAGCCAUGGGGAUUCCACCAACAACCAGUCUGGUGACCGACAUGGCGGCUCAGGCACUGAUGGAUGGGAUGGAUUUCGACCCAACCGAUCAGACAGCCGAUCAGCAGUUGGAGAAGUUGAUGGCCGAGCACAAGAAGGAGCGCCGCAAGCAGAUGCAGAUGGCCAGUGGAGUUCGACCUGCCCAACCAAGGUCAAAGUCUCGAGGACCAGCAUCAUCGGAGCUGGAAAUCCAGGAGAUCCACACGUCGGACGACGAGACGACUCCACGCAAAGCCAUCCAAGACUUUCAGAUGGCCACGAAGUUGGCAAUGUUUGCAACGGUCCUGGUUUGCUCUCAGUUGCCCGAUGCAGAGCAACGGAUCUCUACGUUGCUUGGUCCUCGGAUGGAGUUUGAGGACAGCUACAGCACUGAGGGUGACCUGGGCAUCAAAGAAAUGACUUUUUCCUUGAAUGCCAGCACGUCUGAGCUGGCCCGCACUGAUUUUGAUGGUGUGCCCAAAACCAUCGACAAGCAGCAACGACAACACGUUUCUUUUGCACUACGAAACUAUCUCGACCACAUUGGCGAGAUCUACAGCCCUCCAAGAGCCACUGCAAUGUCUCCAGGUGAAGGACUCCGUGGGAAGAUAGCGCUGGACCUGACCAACGGCUGGGACUUCUGCAAGUCAGAGCAUCGCCAAAAGGCUGUGAAGCUGGUGAAGACGCACAAACCUGCAGUGCUGUUACUUUCACCUCCAUGUGGACCAUUCUCAUCCCUACGGAACUUGUCAAACAGCAAGCGUGACAGUGAACAAGUUCGACGUGAAGUCAUCGAGGGUGAGCUCCACAUGAACUUCGCCAUCAGCCUGGCCAUGCUACAGAUCUCCGAAGGCCGUGGGUUCAUCCUGGAACAGCCCAAGAAUGCCAAGUCUUGGAAACUCCCCAAGAUGCUGGAGUUGCUGGAUCAUCCAGACGUUUACCAGAUCCGCGUGGACAUGUGCCAGUUUGGCCUACGUGCUCAAGCAGGUCCCUGCAAAGGGGAGCUGGUCCAAAAGCCCACACUCCUGGCCACCAACAUUGCAGAGAUGGCUCACUACGUUCAGAAGACUUGCAACAAGUCGCAUCAACAUGGAAUGCUGGUUGGCGGCUCAGCUAAGAUGGCCGCGAUCUACACGCCCCACUUUGUCAAGGCAUUGCUGCAUGGUAUCAAAAAUGCCCUUGGAAUCAAAGCAGCAAAGCCUCAGAAUCCACAACUUCACCAAGCCUUCCUGUAUGGCAAGUCGCAGGUGGUUGGAUUUGGACUUGAGCCACCUGCCCGGCCAAAUGCAGAAGCCAGUGGACUUCAUCCAUCCAAUGGACUUUCACGGAUGGUCUGGCCUGCAGCAGCGGAUGAUGAAGACUUGCCUGAGGCAGUUGUGCCAGAGGCAGUGGAUGACGAGGUGUUGGAAGAAACUCGCCGUCAGCUUCGCAAUGUUGGCGAGCAACCUGGAGUUUCCAAAGCCCUUGCAAAGAUGGAGGACUUCAAAAAGGUGGAUGAGGGAGAGUUCUCGCUUCCUCCAAACUUGAGGCGAGAAGUUCAUCGAGUGCAUCGGAAUCUUGGUCACCCUGGAUUGGACAUCUUCGUCCGUGCUUUGCAGAAUGCUGGAGUUCAGGAACAUAUCAUCCAGUGGACCAAGAGACACUUCAGAUGCCCGACCUGCGAUGCACUUCCUCGACCAAAACCAGCACGACCUGGACAUUUGAUGCGAGCAUUGGAGUUCAACACUGUGGUUGGCAUUGACCUGUGCUUCUUGGACUUGCAGCACAAACAGGUCAUCCUGCUCAACAUGCUGUGUUGGGGCACCAACUUCCAACAAGCAUGCAUCUGCCAGAGCAAGAAUGCAGAUGAAGUGGUUGAACGUUUCAUGAAUGAAUGGGUGAAGCACUAUGGACCUCCCGUCCUUCUGGUCAUGGACAGAGGCAAGGAGUUUGACAAUGACAAGCUCAAGGAGCUUGUGGGUGGUCUUGGCGUUGGACUCCACUACACAGACGCCCAAUCACCCUGGCAGAACUCAAGAACUGAGAAGGCUGGAGGUAUCUUGAAAGAGAAGAUCCUGGCGACAAUCCACGCCACAUCAGCCUCUAUGGAAGAGCUGCCAUAUGUCGUCUCUGAAGUGGUAGCAGGACGAAACCGCUACAUGGAUCGAUUUGGAUUUAGCCCCAUGCAGCGUGUCUUCGGCAAGAACCUGCGCCUCCCAGCCUCUCUCCUUGCCACAGAUGCCUUGAACCGCGAGCUGGCGGAUGCAUCUGCAACAGACCCCAUUCACAGGUCAUGGGAGAUUCGAGAUGCAGCUGCCCGCGAAUGGAUCCGAAAGCAGGACCAAGGUGCUGUGCGACGCAGUCUGCGCGCUCAAACCCGCACCAGCGACCAACAGAAGAUUCUUGCUGGAUCAUGGGUCUAUGUCUUCCGAGACACACCUUCCUACAAGGGUUGGGUUGGCCCCGGCGUCACUAUCGCCGAAGACCCCACUGGAAAAUCAUCCUGGGUGUCUAUGCGCGGCAGACUAUGGAAGGCAUCUCGAGAACAACUUCGACUAGCUACACCUGAAGAAGAACUUGGAGCCGAGCUCAUUGUUGAGCUUUCCAAAGAGAUGCUGGCGAAACUCAGCAAGCCAGGUCAUGUCGUCUAUCAAGAUGUCACUCGAGAAGGAGGACCCACAGACGACUACUAUGAUGAAGUUCUCAGGACCUUGAAUGUCCGUGAAGAAGGAGCUCAACAAACUGAGACCCAAGAUGGCUCAUCUCAAUCAGGUGAUGCAACAACUUCAACCACGACGAGCACCACGGGAAGCUCUUCAGGUCAAGCUCACAUGGAGGUGGACACGGAAGUGGAUGGUUCAAAUGUGACGACGGCACCAAACUCUGAACUGCCUAGCAGACGUGCGAGCAUCGCAUCUGAGACUGGAGUGCCGACCGCACCAAUGGAAGUCAUUCCAGAAGUGAGUGAACCAGCGAGCCCUGUGAGCAUGCCCCCACAACCAAUGCCACCGGCAAGAACUUUUGGCCCGUCAGCUGUUGAACGACAACGUCAUUCAGCACCAUACCCAGCUGCACGGCCACGAGCACCUGCACAAGAACCGUUGUUGGAUCAGCCAGAGACACCAACGCUGAGACAAAGUUCUGUGACAGGUCCCACACCAACCUUGAGUCAGAGGCCACCGAAUCAAUCUCUCUAUGUGGAAGUGAUCAAUUUUGAAGAUGAUUCACACCUGUUUUCUGCAGUGCAGGCACCAGCCUUCAUCGGUGCCACAUGGAAGUUUUGCCGAGAACAGCAAAGGUCAACUUUGAGACCUUGCACUGAAGAUGAGGCCACGUUUUCAUGCCAGCAAGCAGAGGCAAGCUAUUGCAUCCGAGACCGCUGCAUGUACGUGACCAAGACAAAAUCAUCUUUUGGACAAGUUGAAUUUUCGAAGUUGCCUGAAGAAGAGAAGAGAAUGUUUCGGGCUUCACGCAAAAAGGAGCUCGACAGCUUGGUUUCCACUGGCGCUGUGCGAAUUCUGUCUGUGGAGGAAAGUCUCAGAUUUUUGCGAGACACACCAGAACAGGUGAUUGAUUCCAAGUAUGUGGACCGCUACAAGCCUAUUGCAGUUUCAAAAGGAAAGCUGGAGGAGUACAAGUCCAAAGCACUGACUCAGGGACACUUCAAAGCCAUCGAGCUGGAAGCAGAUGCCACCAAUCCAAAAUCACGGUUGUGCGCAGUGGGAUGGCAGGAUCCGCAGAUCCUCGAGGUGGAGCGUUCUUCCCCGACGCCAUUGUCAACGAGCUUGUAUGCGUGCUUGCAGUUGGCAUCAAGCAGACGAUGGGCUACACGGGUUAAGGAUGUGAAGACCGCUUUCCUGCAGAUCUAUGGCCUGGUGACUGGACCCAGCUGGUGGAGAAGGACACUUCUCAAAACAGCGACUGAGAAGCUGAAGUAUGAGGUGAAUUGCUAUGACAGGUGCAUCCUCACACUUCCAGCUGAAGAAUCCAAACGUGGAUCCCCAGGUGCAUUGUCCGACGGCUUCAUCGUCAUUGAGGUUGACGACAUUGCGGAGGCGGGUGGACCGAGGCAUCUGGAGAAAAUGAAGCAGUUGGAAUCAAUGCUGACUUUUGGGAAAGUCGAGAACCUGCAGUCUGCUGAAGGAACAAACUAUGCAGGACGUCAUUUGCGCCAGCUGCCUGAUUUCAGCUUUGAGAUCACGAUGGAGGAGUUCAUCUAUACGCGACUGGAACCGAUUCUCAGCCACAAAAAGGUUCUCAAAAAGCAUGCAGCUGAGACGCAACUGAACGAAAGCGAGAAGACGCAGUUGAGAGGCUUGAUCGCUUCUUUGAACUGGGUGUCAAGGGAAGGAAGGCCUGAUGCUUCAUCCGCAGCAUCAAUCCUGGCUUCGUCGUUUCCAAACCCGACAAUGGAGCAUGUGCAUGCCGCGAAUGAGGUGGUGAAGCACCUGAAGACCUUUCCUGUGACCCUCCGGAUUCAUGCGAUUCCCGAAAGCCAACUGCGACUGGUCCUGAUAGCAGAUUCAGCAUUCGACACCAGUGGACGUGAGAAAUCUCAACAUGGAUGGUUGCUUGGAUUUACAAAUCCACUGCUGAACAGAGGAGAGCCUGCGCCCAUCUCUCUUAUUCAGUGGCGAUCCAAGCGGCUUCGGAGAAAGGCAUCAUCUUCAUUGCUGUGCGAGGCGAUUUCGAUGUCUGCAGCGACAGGUGCUCUGGAACGCUUGGACGCCUUCUUCCAAAGCAUCCGCCUGUCAGACUACAGCCCGAGACGAAAGCAGCUUUCAGAAGAUCAAUACCUUGAGGCCGCUGGAAAGGCAACAGUCAUUGCAAAUGACUCCAACAUCUAUCGAGAUCCUCACAGUGUCUGCGUCAUGGAUGCGAAGAGCCUGUAUGAUGCUCUGAAUUCGGAGCAAAGCCAGGGCGAUGAUGAUAGGAGUGCAUUAGAAACCGCGAUCAUUCGCGAAUCCAUGUCAGUGUGCCGCAGCCGACCCCGAUGGAUCCCUCACAACAUGAACCCAGCUGAUUCAAUGACGAAAUUUGUGGGUGGGCAUCAUGAGCCCCUGUUGAAGUUGUUGAAGACUGGAAAAUUUAUGAUAGAGGAAGAAGAAGAGGUCCUGCUGCGUGGCAAACAGUCAGAGCAGUUCCGUGCCUUGACCGCCGACAUGGCGGUGUCUUCAUUC